AUGGUGGAUCUCAGUGAAGAAAUAUCUCAACGACGAUACAUUCUUGCCGCACUGGAUACACAAGUAGCCGUCAGUCUGUUAGAUCAGCCGAUAUCCGAAACCGAGUCGCUUCUCACACGGGCACAUUUUGCUGAUCUGGAAUCGGCUGUGGCCGCGGAACGGGAACAUGUACGUGCGGCUCGAUAUCAUUUGGAAGAUUUCAAAAGUGAGCUUAAUUUUCUUUUGUUUGCCUUCAUUCUCUGA